AUGUCUCAAAACUUACGUAAAGAAGCUGCUACUCGAGCUUCUCGACGCGCGAGUAGUAAUGCUAAACCGCUGGUUUCCAUUUAUACGAGCGGUACACCCCUGAGCAGUCGUCAUAAUACUGACGAAGAGGACGUAUGGAGUGAAACUUCAGCAGACACUGUCGAUUCUUGGGCUUCUGCUGGCAGUAAGAAUGCUGAAGAUGGAGUUUUGGAGGAAGUAAAUUGGGAAGACGAAGUUCUACAAAAUAUUGAAGAUUUAGGAGAAAAAAGAACAAGUACAAGAGAAGGAUCUUUAGCAAAAUUGAUCCGCUUUCUCUCUCUUAAGUAUGCGGCAGAUCUUCUUGAUUCUAGACGUGAGACUUUACUGGAUCUUUUGUGCCGCUCGGUCAGGAAGGAUAAAAGUUAUAAAGAGAGUCGAUUAGCUGCUAAAGUGAUGUCGUUACUUUUUAUUACUAUUGGUGAAAGCCAAGAAUCUAUGUAUAAUAAUGUAUUAUCUUUAUUGAAAUAUACUAUAACAAAUAAUGCAUCAAAAGAAGUCAAGUGUGCUUGUAUCCAGACAUUAAGUCUAGCAUGCUUUAUCUCAGCUUCAUAUGCUGAUGCCAUAGAGCUUCUCAAUUUUUUCAAUGAUAUUAUAUUGACUAAUGGUAAAAGUGUUAAUGCAAAUAAUGAAGGAAGUGUAAUAGAAAGCGCUCUAAACGCCUAUGGUUUACUAUUCUCUGGGCUAUGGGGUGAUAGUAAGAGAAGCUCAGAUAAAGCUAAGGAAGAAUUUGAACAUAUUAUGCCGGGUCUUAUUAAACAGCUUGAAUCUAGCACUAUGGAAGUUCGGUUUGCUGCGGACGAAUAUUCUUCAACCAUUGAAUG